CAGACCAAGACCGACACCUCAUCCCCUCUGUACGAACUGCAUAAAACAUACAUAUAAUCUGCAGGUCAGGCUACUUCAGAUAACAGAUUUGACUCACGUAUACUGGGCGGGCUAUGAGGGGCUUUGAGAGAGUAGAGACGCCCGACGAGGACAGUCCGGAUUCGUCCCCGGCCAUGGAAACCAUCCGCAGCUUCGACCAGAGCCGCGCCGGCGACUACUAUCCAGGGGGUCCCAAAUCCCUCGCGGGGAUAUCCCUCCGCGCCUUCCUCCUCGGCAUAACCCACGCCUCCUCGGUCUCCGCCAUCCUACUCACCCUGUACACGACCACCUCCCCCCUCUGGCGCGUCCCCUUCUUCCUCGCCGCCCUCUCCCUCUUCCACUUCCUCGAGUUCUGGACCACGGCAGCCUACAACCCCCCCGAGGCCCGCGUCCACGCCUUCCUCCUCACCGCCAACUGGCCCGCCUACGCCAUCGCCCACGCCGCCGCCUGCACCGAGUGCCUCCUCGCCGGCCUCCUGCACCCGGGCCCCUACGCCGCCGUCCCGCCCUCGGUGCGUGUCGCGCUCAUGGCAGCCGGUCUGGCCCUCGUGGCCGCCGGCCAGGCCGUCCGUUCCGCCGCCAUGGUCACCGCCGGCCGCAGCUUCAACCACACCGUCCAGCACCGCCGCGCGGCCUCCCACGCCCUCGUCACCAGGGGCAUCUACGCCUGGCUGCGCCACCCGAGCUACUUUGGGUUCUUCUGGUGGGCGCUCGGUACGCAGCUUGUUCUCGGGAACGUCGUCUGCUUUUUCGGCUAUGCUGUGGCGCUGUGGCGCUUCUUCUCCGGCCGCAUUGUUCAUGAGGAAGAGCUUCUCGUUCGCUUCUUUGGCCGGGAUUAUGAGGAGUAUCGGAAGAGGGUCGGCACCUUGAUCCCCUUUUGCGGCUGAUUCUUGUAGGGGUAUGGAGGGGCAAUGACUGAAUAAUUAGUAUACCGACGAAAGAGUUAUCGGGGAGGAUGUUCGUCCUGGGUCGCUUUAUGCUGUAUUAGGACUCUGGGACUACCGUGGUAGGACCUCUCUAAUAGAGUGUUAUAGUAAAGUAGGUACAAUACAAUAGACAUAUGGAGAUCGUCCUACAGAGUGUACUAAAGUGCCUCGGGUACU